AUGUUGUACGAACUUAUCGCUAUUGCUCGUGUUGUGAAUCCAAUAGAACAUACCAGGGAAGCCAAAGAAGUCGCUACUACCCUAGGUAGAUUAAUUAUACAAAAUAGAGGUGUUGUGAGAAAAAUACAAUCCAUGGGAAAUGAAACUUUGCCUAAGAUAAUGAGAAAGGAUCAAGAACGUCAUUUUCAAGGUCAUAGAUUCCUUAUGUUAUUCGAUUCAAGUGCGCCUGUUCAGUCUGAAAUUCUACGGACAUUAAAAGCUGAUCCACGUAUUAUUAGAUCUUAUAUGCAAAAGGUUAGUGAUAAAAACCUUGAUCCUGGUUCUUCGUUGGAUAGAGCUGGACGCUAA